CGAUGCAAUCACAAGAUGGCACAAAAGAGUUCCUCCCAUGUCCUUCUCCUCGAUAACACAUACCGACCGUCGGUAUAUGUCGGAUGCUUGUUCUACAUUAUCGAUCGUGUCUUAAAACAUACGUUAUAAUCCAUCAAAGCGAAUCAUUUUGUAAUCUGCUCUUAUUACUUUUUAUAAUGUCAUUUAUUUUUAUAUUUAAUAAUUAUCAUAUUUUACAUUUACCAAAGAUCUUUUUAAAUUUACCAAAGAAUUUGAAACAGAAUAAAGAAACUUAGAGAAUGGGUUGAAAAAUGAAACUCGAAUCGAUUGAUCGAACCAUCGAGAGUUGUCCGCGCCAAAAUAUAGAAAUCUUCGAGUCCGUACUUUCUUCACUUUGGAUUCAUUUAUGAAAGAGAGAAAACAUACAGAUGAAAUAGUUACUUGCAUCGGUUGUGCUGUCAUGUAGUUCCUAAAUCGCCCUAGCCUCGCCUUGAGCGCACGAUAAUUUAACAACGAAGAGACGCUAUAGUUUUAAUCGUAUGGUAUAGUAAAGAUCAUUGAAAAUUAACUAUUAUUUGUAUUUAAUUAUAGAAAUAAUAAGUUUUUUUGUAAAAACCAAUCAUUUUAAGCGAUUACGAUAGGAAUAGGUAUACAAGAAGUGUCGGUAGGUUUAAUAUUAAUGUUGCUAACGAGUACGAACAGAUUUUUUACUUUCAUCCGAAAUAAAUAUUUCGAUGAAUUUAAGAUUUUUUUAAUUAAUGAAACGUUUUUGCAAUUACGUUUACAAAAUUGAGUAUCAGUUUUCGUAAAUCGUAUAUGAGUGUCUUUGCUGUACUAACGAGAAUCUAUCGUACUCUUCGAUGUGAGGGAAUCGACGAAGAGAUGGGCAUAGCUUAACAACGUUUACCAGAAAUUUUCAAAGAAGAAGAAAGGAAGUUAGAGAAGAUUGAAGAGAGAGAGAGAGAGAGAGAGAGAGAGAGAGAGAGAGAGAGAGAGAGAGAUUGUUUGUAUACGUGCGUGCGUGUGUGAAAUGAAGAGAGAGAGAGAGAGAAAGAGGGAGAGAGAGAGAGAGAGAGAGAGAGCGAACGAGAAAGAUAGAAAAGAGAGAAUCGGUCGACGAAGGAAAGAAAAAACCGAAGAAAUGAAAACAUACGUCGCAAUAUAUAACAUAAUGAUAUAUUUAUACUAAUUACAAUUGUACCAUAACAACUAUAAUACUACUUAUUAUAUUAUACAGAGCCGCCGCCACCCAGUAUAUUUUUUACAGGUUUACAUUAUAUUACAGUUUAUAAAGUUUGAUAUACAAUAACGAUUAUAUAAGCGAUCACAGCGAACGUAGGAAAUGCGCGUCGUCCCAUCAACGAGUCAUUGAUGAACGAAGAAGAGACGACAAGCGUCGCGACGUUGUGUUAUGCUAUAUACUACAUACAAUAAAGACGAGCGUUCGAGGUUCGACGUGUGCGCGUGCGCUUUAUUAAUAUUAUCCUCGCACUUUUAAACUUGCGAGCUCGAGAGAAAGAGAAGAACUUUAUAGUAAAAACAUGCCGUCGUCCAAUUCGUCUUUCUCAUCUACAAAAUUUAAAGUCGUGAUUAAGGAGAGAGAGCAAGGUAGAAAGAGCAAGAGCGAAAACGAGAGUGAGAAAGCGAGAGAGAGAGGAAAGAAAUAGAGAGAGAGAGAGAGAGAGAAGAGGAAAAGGAAAAGGCACUUACCUCGAGCAUCGAACGCUCGCAUUCCGAUGACGAAUAAAUAAACUUGCUACAUAACUUGUGAUACGUUUACCGCUGGUUACUACAGAGACUUCCUAGUCGAUGUCUACGACAGACAUCGGCGCCACUAGUUCACUCACGCACACGAUUCAAACGUUUAUACGGAUUUAUUACGGAUUUAUUGAUUAAUCGAAUUAUUACGUACGUAAUUAAAUUAGACAAGAGUAUUUACGGGGAGAUUAAAGAAGAAACAAAUGCAGUACUUAUCUUAGAAGAGUGUGAAUGCGCAAUCACGAGGCUAGGACGAGGCUAGCUACCUUUGUACCCCCCAUGUUCGCUCUUUGAACUGACGUACGCUCUCGUACGAGGCAUCGGAACGUUAACGCAUAAGACGACCCAAUCGUAUUUGCCUGCCCUGAUAUGGAGAAUUACUAUAUUAACCCAAAUAAAAACUGUACAUACAAUUGCAA